AAUUGCAGCUUGCGCCAGGAGAAGCAUUUUAUAACAGUACACGUCGGUACGACAGCUUCUGUAAAAACAAAGAAACCCGGCUGCCCAGACUGUAGGUUGCCAGGAAACCAAACAUGUUUUGGUCUGUUUUCUCUGUCAUCAGCUACCCAUAUAAAUUUCCCCAACCCCGCAUAUGCUCAGACAAACACCGCCAACAUCAAAGUGUAGCCUCUGUGAUUCAUAUUUUACCACAGAAGCCGUUCAUAAAUGUUUCACCGGCAGUCAAUGCCGUUGACAUUGUUCUUGCAACACUUCGCAGUGUCCAAAGUCCAAAACGCGCUGUAAAUCUGGAAUCGCAAUAUCCACGAGCACCUUGACAGAAUUGGCUCACCAAAAUUCAUCCAUGCCACUUUAUCAUCAGAUGAAAAUGACAUGAUUCAUGCGCCUGACGUUCCGCUUCACCUCUUGAUGUCUUUUACGGGCCAUUUCGAAAUGUGCAUGUGCACUCAACAAAAACAGGGAUUGUCUCAUGGAAUGAGUCACAUUUACUUCCGCCGCCUAUCCCAGAUUUUGUUUGUCCAUGGUAUCUGCUUGUCAUUCCGACCUCCCACACCCUCACACACAGAGUGAACGUACAAGUACACACGCUUCCACCCUACCAGUGUCAGUUUCUUCAACAGAAAAGGGAAAGAGGAAGGGAGCCGCUUAAACGUCCUGAACAGGAAUUCUUAGAAUUCCCCCCUCCCCUCUGCGCAACAGCAGCAAUUUUACUCUGCCAACAUGUGCACUGGGACCUGUUCUCGUUGUAUCGCUGUGACUUUGUACCCAUUAGCGCUCAUAUCCAUCAUUUGUAACAUAGUGUUGUUCUUUCCUGAUGGGGACAUCAAGUACGCUAAAGAUGGACAUAUUACCGAGGAGGUGAAAUAUAUGGGAGGACUCAUUGGCGGGGGAGUCAUGGUGUUGCUACCGGCACUUUAUAUCCACGUGACUGGAAAACAAGGAUGCUGUGGGAAUCGCUGUGGGAUGUUCUUAUCGAUUGCGUUUGCCGCAGUGGGCGUGGCCGGCGCGCUGUACAGUUUGAGUGUGGCCGCACUCGGUUUGAAGAAUGGCCCCCUUUGUAAAGUCAUCUUGAUAUGGACCACGCCUUUCAAAGACAGCGACCCGAGUUACCUGACCGACAACACAUGGUGGGGGAAAUGCACGGAGCCCAAGAACAUUGUGCAGUUCAACACGGGAUUGUUCGGCACCCUGUUGGCGUGUAGCUGCCUGCAAGCGGUUCUGUGCGCCAUCCAGAUGAUCAACGGCCUCUUCGGCUGCCUGUGUGGAACCUGCGCCAGCAAAACCGUCAUCUGAAUUCCGACAGACAGGUUGGAAUGCAACACGGUCAGGCUGAGAUGGGUCCGAAGAUAGCGCGUUUCAUUUGUCUUUUGCUUCGUAGCUGCAGUGCGGCCCCUGUUGGCAAGCAGCUGCAUCACACGCUCUAGAAAAUACGUCUGGUUCACACGUCCUUAUGUCAAUUUGAGUGUUUUGUUGAAUAUACUCGGCUGACAAAAUCCUUCAAGGCAUAUUUGGCUUUCGGCUGGAAUUUCAGGUCGAACCUAAAAUGCUCUACAAUCUUUAUAAAGAGCUGAAUCUCUCUUAACUUUUUUUUUGGGGGGGGGGGGUGAAGAGUGACUGAACUAUAACAAGAAUAAGAUUGUUAACUCCACGCACCACCAUAUUGUUUACCGUUAACUGCAACAGAAUUGAUGCUUCUCAGUAAAAAUCUGUCAAGGAUGCUAAAAAGAAACACAGGAAAAUAAGCUGUUUCAGUGGAACGUUUAAUAUGGAUAUUAUAACUACAAUAUCAAGAUAAUUAAAUAUAUCAUGUAUAGAGUUCAAUUGUUGGCAUUUUCUUAAUAAAACAUGUCUCAACAA